AUGACUUUCCAGGCGCACAACAUAAAGCCACCCAAUAUUUAUGAAGGCACUGUACUGGCCAUUGCUGGCAAGGACUUUGUGGUCAUGGGCUGCGACACGGGUGUGUGCAGCGACUGUGCAAUUCUCUCGCGGACACAAACCAAGUUGUGUCCCAUGUCCGAUCAGAUGGUGGUGGCGACUGCUGGCUGCUGGAGCGAUGCCGUCGCUCUGACUAAUCAACUGAAGAUGGAGCAGCAGCUCUACGAGCGGGAACACUUUAAGAGCAUGAGCAUCGAGUCCAUGGCACAGAUGCUCUCCGUUGUACAGUACCAGCGACGUCAUUUGCCCUACGAUGUGUGCCCCAUUCUGGGUGGCAUCGACCAGGAUGGCCAGGGGGCUGUCUAUUUCUAUGACUGCAUCGGCUUAUUGCAGCGUGAGGGCUACCGUGCUGAGGGUUCGGCCGGUGCCAUGCUGCUGCCAGUGCUGGACAGCCAAAUUGGCUGCCACGAGCCUGUGACCAAGGAGCGUGCCCUGUCCAUUGCGAAAGAUGCCCUCACCAUGGCCGCCCGCAGCGAUCAAUACACCGGCGAAUGGGUGAUCCUCAACAUAAUUACCAAGGAUGGCAUUGAGCUACACCAGAUGGAGCUGAGCCAGAAUUAG